AGUCUUUCUCCUUCCACAGGAAGUUUGGUUCGUCAGGGACAAUAGAGACCCAUGAUACAAUGUGUGUGCUGGCAGUGAACAUCAUCAAUGAGAAGAUCUACAUCUUCAUCUGGUUCUGGCUGGUGUGUCUGACUGCCAUCACUGCUGUCUGGCUCCUGUACCGUCUAAUGGUCAUUGCUUCUUCAGACCUGCGCUUCAGGCUCCUUCAGGUCCGUGGGCGCUGGGCAGGCAGACCAAACCUGGACCUGAUAGCCAAGAAGUGUAACCUGGGCGACUGGUUCCUCAUUUACCACCUCGGUCGCAACAUGGAGCCCAUGGUGUAUGGAGAGUUCCUCAAGGAGUUCGCCAAGGAGCUGGAGAACUCAGUGUCGACACUUGAAAGAAAGCCUAUGUUAGUGGGGAGUUAGACUGAAGGUGUGGUGUGUAUUUUUGUCUAACUCAUAAAAUUGUAAUAGUCGUGUGUCGCAUAGCGACAGGGAUGCAUUCUAAGGAAUGUGUUGUUGGGCGAUUUUGUCAUUGUGUGAACAUCACGAGUAUUUACACACCCCUAUAUGGUACAGCCUACUACACACCUAGGCUAGAUGGUGCAGCCUACUACACACCUAGGCUAGAUAAUAUAGCCUACUACACACCUAGGCUAGAUGGUGUAGCCUACUACACACCUAGGCUAGAUGGUAUAGCCUACUACAUACCUAGGCUAGAUGGUAUAGCCUACUACACAGUUAGGCUAGAUGGUAUAGCCUACUACAUACCUAGGCUACAUGUACAGUGUGUUACUGUACUGAAUUCUAUGGACAUUUUUUUUUCAUCAUAGAUUUGCUUGUACUGACAAGAUGAAUGAGGCUGCUGCCAGCGUAACUCCCCAUACUGUUUUACAGCAAACAUUUUUUUUUUAUAAGUAGAAAAAGUAGACUAGAAUAAUGAAAAGUAUGUAUUAAAUAUUUGUUUAUACUUGUUUAUUAUCAUUAGCAAGUAUUAUGUACUGUACGUAAUUGUAUGUGCUAUACUUUCAUAUGGAUGGCAGCUUAUGGGACCACAGUUGUAUAUACAGUCCAUCAUUGAUUGAAAUGUUAUGCUGCACAUGACUGUAACACUAUUGCACACAAAUUGCAGAACGGAUGGGGGCGAGUGAGGUUCAGGACUUGCCGUGGGUCAAGUCGCACCCACCCCGUACACCCACUGUACUUUCUAUCAUUAUUCUAGAAUGUACUUUUUCUACUUGUAAAAAGAAAGUUUGCUGUAAAACAGUAUGGGGUGUUAGGCCGGCAGCAGCCUCGUGCAUCACUUGUUUACCACAUAGCUUGACGGCAUCAUUUUCCUUUGUGCUUGGUUUAAUCUCAUGUUUUGUUCAUCGUGGCCUCUUAGGUUUGUAGCCUAGGGGCAAUAAGCUAUAUCAUACAGCCUAGAGUAGACUAUACCAUCUACCUAGGAGCAACAGGCUAUACCAUACAGCCUAUGCUAUGCUAUCUACCUAGGGGCAAUAGGCUAUACCUUACAGCUUAGGUAUGUAGGUUAUACCAUCUACCUAGGAGCAACAGGCUAUACCAUACAGCCUAGGUGUGUAGUAGGCUAUACCAUUUAGGUUUGUGUAAGUACACUGACUUUCGCACAAUAAUAAAAUUGCCUAACGAUACUCUAUAUUGUCACUAGCACUGACCUUGGACAUCCCAUUCUCUCACAAGAUGCCAACUAACUUUACCUUGGCUAGCUGCAAGUUAGCAGUCUGCUAAUUAUGCUAAUUUCUCCACACAUUAAUUUAAAUUUCUGUAAAUUUUGAGUCCCUAUAUAAGAAAAAAAUCAAGAACCAUUCUCUACAAAUUUACCUUAGUCUGGCAGUAUUUAAGAACAUAAGAAAGAAGGAACACUGCAGCAGGCCUACUGGCCCAUGCGAGGCAGGUCCAAUUCUCCCACCGGCUUAAGCCAAUACCUUAACCGUGUUACAAUGACUCGUGAACUCAGAUUGUGGACAGCAUUGAUUCUCUGAGCAUUUAAAAGCAAUAAAAUGGUAUUUAUGUUA